AGAGAGACCAAGGGGAGUGAGGGUAUUUACUAAGUGUUUGGCAAAGACUGCCUCCACAGUCAAGCACAGCUAGCAGAGUGACCAGGGUGAGGAGGGACUACCUUUCUCUGAUCAGCUGCCUCAGCUGGGUGUGUGUGUGUGUCUGUCCUGUAUCCUGUAUCCCGUGUCCUGUGUCCAUCCUGAGGCUGCGUGAGUGACCAACGAUGCGUCUGGCUGCCGUGCUGGUGUUGCUGGGGGCCCUGCUAGGCCCGGCUGCCCCCCAAGACCCCUUCCAGUGGCUGAGCUCCCUGCGUAGCCGCGGCUACCCGGAGGGGUCACUGCUGGCCGACAACACGGGCGGCGACUGCCCGGAGGUGUGCGACUGCCCGCCGACGUUCCCCGUGGCCAUGUACUGCGACAGCCGCGGCAUGACGGCCGUGCCCUUCGUCCCGUCGCGCAUGAAGUACGUGUACCUGCAGCACAACCGGAUCACGGCCGUGCCCGACGGAGCCUUCGCCAACGCCACCAACCUGGUGUGGCUGAUGCUGCACGAGAACCACAUCGCCAGCGUGGGCAAGAAGGCCUUCGCCAAGAUGGCGCGCCUCGACCGCCUCUACCUGAGCCACAACAACCUGACCAAGGUGCCCGCCAACCUGCCCAGCUCGCUCCGAGACCUGCGGCUCGAGCACAACGGCAUCGCCAAGGUGCCCGCCGGCGCUUUCGCGGGCAUGGACAACCUCACCAUCCUCCUGCUCAACGACAACGCCAUCCAGGACGUGGGCGCGGCCCUCAAGGGGCUCAACUCGCUCACGCUGCUGGACGCCAGCGGCAACCAGCUGAAGAAGGUUCCGGAGAGCCUGCCGGAGAUGCUGCACCAGCUCUACCUGGAGUCCAACGCCAUCGACGCCAUCCCCACAAACUUCCUGGGCGGCUUCACCCAGCUGCAGUACGUGAGGAUGGCACACAACCAGCUGACGGACAAGGGCAUCCCCGCCAACACCUUCAACGUGAGCGGCCUGGUGGAGCUGGACUUGUCCUUCAACAAGCUGGAGCGCAUCCCCACGGUCAGCACCACGCUGGAGCACCUGUACCUGCAGGCCAACCAGAUCAAAGAGUUCUCACUGGGGAGUUUCUGCAGCGUUGUGGACGUGAUGAACUUCUCUAAGCUGAAGGUGUUGCGUCUGGACGGGAACGAGAUCAGCCUCCAAGACGUCCCCACAGAGUCUGCCCUCUGUCUGCGCAUGGCUGGUGAAAUCGCCGUGUAAUUCCGCUAUUUUGCCACAUGAGGGCAGAGUUUGUUCUCUGUCUCCGCACGGCUGCCGAAAUCACCGUGUAAUUCCGCUCUUUUGCCACACAACGGCAGAAAUGCUCCACUAUUUUUUUUCUUGCCCUCUGUGUCAAGUAAACUUCCUCUAUUUUGAGCUGGAACAAUGCCCUGUUGUCAUUUCAAAUACUGCAGAGUCGUCUUGUGUUGGUGUAUAAUUCUGUUUUGUCUGAUAU